AUGGCAGACACAACAGAGUCCACAAAUCCCGCUGGGGAGCCCCCGAAACAGGCUACUGAGUCGCACGAUGCGCCUACGUCCGAUGCGCCUACAAAUCCUGGCGCCCCCAGUGAGGUUCCUGCAAGCGAUACACCGGCGACUGAGGGCCGGGUGAAUGAGGCCCCGGUGAAUGAGCCUAUACUGAGCGAACAGCCUCCGACGGAAAAUGGCCACUCACUCGACAAUUUCGACACGACUCUUCCGCCCAUCGAUAAGUCUCUGCCUGCGGUGGACUCUUCUCUCCCGAGCAUAGAUACCUCUCUCCCACCAAUGGAUCCGUCGAUACCGUCGCUUCCGCCGAUCGAUACUUCUCUACCACCGUUGGAUACCACUCUUCCUGCGAUGGACGCCUCGGAGACGCAGAAUUUUACUUUGUCGGACGCGAAUGGGAAUGAUCACGACCACUUUGGCUCUUUCGAUGCAGAACUUGCAAACAGCGGUCACGAGUCCUCGGGGCUUCCUACUAUUGAUGGUCCGCAUCAACCCACGUCGAACGGGACGCACAACCAGCAACCUUCUCAACAGCUGUCACAGCCACAGAACCCACCGGCGCAGCAACACACAAACUAUCAACAGCAGAAUUACUCUCAGCAGCAACCACCGCAGCAGUCCCCGCCCGCGCCAAACCAGUAUGCGCCUCAGCCAGGACAACAGCCGCAGCAAGGCCAAUCACCGGCGCAAACACAGCAUCAACAAUAUCAGCAACAUAAUUCGGAUAUGUAUCAGAGUCAUCACGCCGUAUCCUCUCCCAUGGGUGCUCCCACCCAGAGUCAAACGUCACAUAUUCCUCAAGCUCCUAUUGGGUCGCCCAUGCCUGCGAUGUCCACGGUGAGCCAGUAUAUGACCGGCUAUCCCAGCAAUGUAUCACAGAUGGGCAUGAACACCAACGCGCAGAUGCGGUAUCAGCUUCCCGGGGAUCCCAACAAGAUGCUAUCGGGCGGGAGGCAUAAGAAAGAGGUCAAACGACGAACGAAGACAGGGUGUUUGACCUGCCGAAAACGAAGAAUUAAGGCUACGAUUCCGGUUUUAACAACAAUCGACACGUCUGCGAUACAGCCUGCGCCCAAACCCCAUCUUUCACUAGUGGUCAAUCCCCAGGAUCCCUCAGCUACUCCUCCGCCUACUACCACUUCCUCCUAUCCCGCCGCGCCUCCGGGCUACGUUCCUGCGGUCUCCCAGCCCUUCGCUCCGUCGGAGUCACCUAGCACGUCGACCGACCAAUAUAAUUACGGCGCAUCAAUUGACCCGUCGCUGGACGGGAAUCAGCAGUCGAACAUGGCCAGUGUUCAGAGCGCGGCUGAAGCUUUGCAACCGACCAUAAACCCUGCGUCGACUACGUCCGCACCUGCGGAUUCCACGAGCUUUAAAGUGAAACAAGUCCAGAUCAGUGACCUUCUUGCGCUUCGGGGCAUUCCUCCUCCGCCCCCUCACCCGAUUACCGCUAUCCCACCCAAUCGUCUGGAAGAAAUCAAAGCAGUGUUUCUUGCGACUUAUGCUCCCGCCAUUGACAAGUUCUUCGAGACGCGCUGGUUCUCGGAGAAAGCUCUCACCCACCUGUUGGCCAAUGCUCAGCUUAUGGCCGAGUAUUCUGCCCUGAUUGACGCCUUUGAUCAAAAUCUCAACGAUCCCAAUGUCUUGGCGCGCUUGGAGAGCUUCGAGGCGUCCGUGGUCUGGAGUUCCAUGACGUUGUGCCGUCAUGUCAUGAAUGUAUCGAAUGGAAAUCCGGAAUAUGACUUGCUGGCGUCCUCGAAGCGACUAGACGUUAUCGAGGCCAUGAUCACCGGCGAGCAUCUGGAGUCCAACCCAUUAGCGCAGUUCCCGCCCCGGGAACCUGCUGCAAACCCACCGUCUCUCUCCGAUCAAUUGACUCAGAGAUCCCUUGAUUUCUGGAGCUGCAUCGGUCAUUUCCUCACACUCCACGACAAUGAAGCCAGCUCCGCAAAGGAGAUCGAUGACACAUUGGCUCGAUGCCGAACACUAUUGGAUACGUUCGAAAAUCGCGAUGUCAUCUACUCGAUCGCCAUUGCGCGCCACCUUGGACAACGUUGGGCAGACUUCCCGCGUAGUUUCCCUCAGCCCAUAACCACGAAUGAGAAAGACGCCGGCGCGAAGCUGUAUGUGGCACAGAAAUUCUUAGAACAAGAGGCCAGUGGGAAGGGCACCACCCAGGUGAUCAAACGCAUAUGCGGAAUGGUCGUGCGAUCCUGGAUUGUUUCACGGGAGUAG